AUGGGCCGCCGCCGCCGCCGAACCGGCCCCGGCCGCUGCCUCUCCGCGGCCGGCGGCGGCGGCGGCGGCUGCGGCGGGCCGGCGGCUGAGCAGCCAGAGAGCGGGGUAGAUCCGGGCUCGCGGUUCUGCCCGCCGGCGCAUUCGCGUCACGACUGGAUCGGCCCGCCCGACAGGCACUCCAACCUGCGGCCCGUGGUCUUCCACGUUCCCCGGAACGAGUCGCUGCUGGAGCAGCGCCUUCGGGAGCUGCGGCAGGAGACCCAGGCGUGGAACCAGCGGUUCUGGGCCCGUCAGAACCAGUCCUUCCAGCAGGAAAAAGAAGAAUUUAUUUAUUCAAGACUGAAAGCCAAGGGUCUGAAAGUGAGAGAUGAAAGAGGUCAAAAAGCAACGCUGAAUGCAGAAGAAAUGGCUGACUUCUACAAGGAUUUCUUAAGUAAAAAUUUUAGAAAGCAUAUGGAUUAUAACAGAGAUUGGUAUAAACGUAACUUUACUAUCACGUUCCUUAUGGGACAAGUAGCCCUGAAGAGAGCUCUGAAGUGGCUUCGCUGGAAAAAUAAAAAUAUUGGAGAUUAGUGAUCACAGCUCCAUGAAGAAUACAGUACUUUAGCUAGGCCUGUUCACUUGUUAUCUAUGGCCAUGUUCAGAAUCUGAAUGUCUAAUGCAAUAAUUACUUUGAUCUGUUAGACUAUUUAAGUGAAAAUUGCCAUUGUUCGUAAUUUAUAACUACUGUUAACAUUACCCUUACCAUUUAUUCCAAGAAUAUCUCGAAGAUUUUUUAAGAAGCACAUCUGAGGAAACUAGCAAAAGCUGUCCUUUAUUUACAUUAAACUGAAUGAAUCUCAACAGUCACAUUCUACCACAGAGUCAAAGUACAUAAAUAACAUGAUUCGGUAUGUUGUGCCUGUACUUUGGUCAGAGAAUGUAGUCUUUACCAACUAUAAAAGUAUAUAAAAGACAAAAAUGCCUCGUUUUGCAGCAUAGAUGUUCUGCAACAGUAAUUAUCCACACUAACAUAACGUGAUCAUGUAACUAUGUUACUGCUGAAGAAAUAAGUUUGAUUUGUAACUGCACAUAGACUCAAUCUGAUUUAUUAUUGUCUUUCUUUCAAUGUGAUUAAAUGAUGAGGAAGAAUUAAGAUGAUUUCAUAUAAAUGACUAAGGCAAAGUAAUUGUUUUCUUUUGAAGAAGUGUGUCCCACUUGGACAAGAGUUCCUCUAACCUCUGAUUGGUAAAGAUUUUUAGUUGUAGAACAAUAAAGUAGAUGCAUUGCCAGUCAGUUAAAAUCUUAAUGAAGAAAACUGAUGCUUUGUUGUAUACAGGAGAAGAGUAUUAGUACUGUUGAAUUACUUUGAAUGGAUUUGGUAUUCUCACCAGGUUUUUUUAAGGUACUCUAAGUUCCUUGAGGGGGAUUUUGUAGCCUCGAGGGAUGCUAUGUCGACUGGAUAAAGGUUGAUUUAAACAAAGUCUUAAAAUUAUAUGCGCUAUAUCUAGCCUUUAAAAGUUCCAUUUUAUAUAGUUAAACGGAUUGGUCUUUUGAUACAGUGCAUACUAAGAUGAUCCUGCAAAAAGAAUGUUGUAUGUUGUCAAACAAAGCAUCUUUCCCCAAAGCCAUGUUGUAGGGACGGUUCUGGUUUUGAAAAUGUCAGUUCAGUAACCAUUGACCUGUUUUACUUAUCUAAACCUGACAUGAUUUAUAGGCUUUUUCAGCUAGGGAAAAAGAGGUUUGUCUCAAAAAAUUGUAAUAAUUACUUUGCAAAGUGAAAUAAAUUUUAAUGACAUAGUAAUGGAUUACAUGUUUCAUACAAGAUGAUUUUUGUCAGUUACUGAAUUGUAUUAUUAAAGACUUUUUGUAAAUAAAAAUAUUCAUUAAUAUUUUCUGAGGUAAUAACCAAUAUUUCUAAGAAAGUACUAUUUGUGAAUGUUAUUUACUGCAUUAAUAUUGUGUAAAAAAUGUAUAUAUUUUUAAAAGUUUUC